UGAAACGUUCGAUUUUGAUUAGCGAGCUGCGCUUUUGCGUUGGUGUUCGAGAAAAGAGUCGCGAAAAGACGUCGUCGUCGUCGAUUGAAUUUUUUCUUCAAAGUGCUGUGUCGUGUCGUUUUUUCGAUUUCUCGGCCAUCCGCGAAAAUUGUGUUUUUCCCGGAAGUGCAGAACAAAAGUUGAUCACGUCAGCUACUGCAGUGGCUAUUCGGUAAAGCGUUGACACUUGCAAAAUCCAGUCGACGGGAAGGAAAGUACUUCGAACUGCGAAUUCUUGUUGCUAUGAUUCUAUUGCGGAGCACAGCAAGAAAUUUUAAUUUUAGGCAGUGAAACCCUCUAUCUCUGUCUGUUGUUUUUAGUGACCUCGGAAAUAUCGUCUACACGUUCGUUUAUUUCUGAUUGAAGCAUUCAGCAGUGGAAAAUCGAUAUUGAAGAUUACCUUUAUUUUUUUGUUUUAUUGCCAUUUAUUGUGUGUGUGAUAUUUCGGCACUAAAAAGUGUUUACCCGAAUAGGAAGUGAGUGAAAUAGUGACGGCGGAUGAUCAGUUUUCGUCCGUAUUUGAGCAGUGAUCUCGCAACCACAUUGGUUUAGUGAUAGUAGUAGUGGUAGUGAAAGGUGAAGUCAUAGUUUCUGCAUUUGUCGGAACUGGCUGCCGACGACUGUGUGUGCUUGGGAAAGCCGCAGUCUGGUGGAUUUUUCUAGAUAAUCAAACCAGAACGAGCAACGAUAUAUACCAGUGGUUGGAACCAAACAUAAAGCCUCACUAUUACUACCGUCAUCAAAAACAUGAAAAUGGUGUUGUCACAACGGCAGCGCGAGGAGCUUAACCAAGCGAUUGCCGAUUACCUAGGAAGUAAUGGAUACACAGACGCCUUAGAGGCAUUCAGAAAAGAGGCAGACAUGCCAAACGAAAUCGAACGAAAGUACGGCGGACUACUGGAGAAAAAAUGGACCUCGGUAAUACGAUUGCAGAAAAAGGUCAUGGAAUUGGAAGCGAAACUUUCAGAGGCCGAAAAAGAAGUGAUCGAGGGUGCGCCCACCAAGGCUAAACGCACACCCACCGAUUGGAUACCGCGGCCGCCGGAAAAGUUUGCCCUAGCCGGACACCGAGCGACAGUCACUCGGGUGGUGUUCCAUCCUGUUUUCAGCAUGAUGGUGUCGGCCUCGGAGGAUGCUACCAUUAAAAUUUGGGAUUUUGAAACCGGCGAGUAUGAGCGCACCCUCAAGGGUCACACAGAUUCCGUACAAGAUCUGGCAUUCGAUUCACAAGGAAAAGUUUUAGCCUCCUGCAGUUCCGAUUUAUCGAUUAAAUUAUGGGAUUUCCAGCAAACGUAUGAGUGCGUCAAAACCAUGCACGGACAUGAUCAUAAUGUAUCCUCCGUCUCAUUCGUACCGGCCGGUGAUUAUUUGCUUUCCGCGUCCCGGGAUAAAACCAUCAAAAUGUGGGAGGUGGCUACCGGGUACUGCGUUAAAACCUUCACCGGCCAUCGGGAAUGGGUCCGGAUGGUUCGAGUCAACGUGGACGGCUCGCUGAUGGCGUCCUGCUCAAACGAUCACUCGGUUCGAGUCUGGCAGACAAAUUCAAAGGAGUGCAAGGCUGAGCUACGGGAACACGAAAAUACAGUAGAGUGUAUCGCUUGGGCACCCGAAUCAGCAGCAGCAGCCAUCAACGAAGCGGCCGGAGCAGACAACAAGAAAGGAGCUCACCAGGGUCCGUUCCUAGCAUCCGGAUCGAGAGACAAGACAAUAAGGAUUUGGGACGUUAGCUCCGGACUGUGUCUGUUCACGCUAAUCGGCCACGAUAACUGGGUCCGUGGUAUCGUGUUUCACCCCGGUGGCAAGUACAUAAUUUCUGCAAGUGACGACAAGACGUUACGCGUCUGGGAUUUGCGCAACAAGCGCUGUAUGAAGACACUUUAUGCUCACUCACAUUUUUGUACAUCUCUUGAUAUGCAUAAGUCUCAUCCGUACGUAAUAUCGGGUAGCGUGGACACGACAGUAAAGGUUUGGGAAUGCCGCUAAGCGUGCAUCCGCUCUGGUCGCGCGUGUUUGCGCAGCCAUUUUUUACUAACUCGAUAGUGAUGAGAACAGAAACAACCGCAGCAGCAGGAGCUGGGCAGCGCUGGUAAAAUAUCUAUUUGCUAACGACUUCAACUACAACUAACCAAAACAAAUUCGCUAACAUUCAAUCAUACCCACAAGAUAUGAAACAGAGUAACAACAACCGAACAACAUGGUGAACAACUAAAAGGACAGCAAACCAGUUAAAUAUUCAAAUAGAAACACCUUCUUUUCUUUCCGUAUUGAUGAAACCUUGCUGGUAGUUUCAAUUGUUUGAAAGUAGAAAUAAAAAAUCAAAGUUUACUACAGCAAAAACAAUACUGAAUAUAGUCGUGCAACUGGAGUAGCAUGUAAACUAAAACAGCAAACAUAUUAUCACAUUAUAUUCUUAUAAUUACUAUUCUUAGACAGUAGUACUCAUAUUGGAAGCUAAAAUGCAGCAUAAACACAAACAAACGAUAGGCGAAGAAAGUUUAAAACUUGAUUUCGGACCGGUAAGGAGAAUAACAGCUAAAAUGAAAAAAUGCCCCACAGACGAUAUGAUGACGCUAAACGAUCUGAACGACAUUAUGCAGACGACGAACGUUCGACGAACCGGAAAAUGGGAAAUCAAUUUACAGAUGGUAAACUGUUUGUUGAUUAUUUCUCUCUUGCCGCAUUGCGCAAUCGUAUGUUCGGGUACCUUCUCCGUGUAUCGUCUCUCAAGCUGAAAACUAAUCACCAUGUUGUGGACCACGUUAUGCUGCAUUUCUAUCGAAAGUUCUCACAAUGUGUAGCAAGUGAUUAUUGGUAGCAUACUGUGUAUGCUACAAUCAAUUCACUACAAGUUGUUAUAUUCUGGUUGGUUUCGUGUUUCGGUAUCAGUGAAUCAAAAUUUACUGGUUGUUAAUGAGUUUUAUAUCCGACUUAUGACGCUUACAAUAAGUUGUUAAAGGUUUUUACCUUCUGUUUCAACAGAAAAUUACUUUUAGAACGCUGUCCAUCAAUGUGCUGCGAGGUUGACCCUACAGGUUACUGUUCUGUAUGGUGCCAGCUUAAGAUGUUUCUUUCCGUGUAGAUAUAAUUACAAUUAUACAAAACAGUCAAGUGCAAAAUAUGUCUACUGCAAUCUUGCAAACGCAACUAAACGUAUUUUCAUGAAUUAGUACACUAUUUUGCCGCUCUGUUAGUUAAAUUUAACAAGGACAACAAACACAAAUAACAUAGAAAGGUUAUUUUCUCUUUUUAUGUUUCUUCGAAUCACAAAUGGAGACUAAGUUAAAGCAAGAUGAGAGCGAAUGAAUGUGCCAAGCGAGAGUGGAAGCGAACAACGAAUGCAAAAAAUGUGCCGAAAAAAGCCGAGAGGAAAUAAUCUUUAAAACAUUCAGUCCAUUUUGUAAAAAAAAUACCCAUUAUAAACGCCAAUUCAACGGACUUUAAUGACAGGGGAAUAUCUGUUUACUAUGAAAAUAACCGCAUAGAAAUGAAAAGAUUGAACGAAGGUUAUUAAAUUAUUGAUUACAGUUACUGCUAUUAGGAUAUAUGAGAAAGCAUGCAAAUUACUAGAAUUCUAGCUAUAGCUAAUCAAGGAAACAACAAAAAUAUUGCAUUCUUAAGUAAAACAGAGGUUUUAAAAUUGAUGUGAACCAGAAGAAAGAAUUACAGAGCAUGCGAAAUUUGCAUUAAACUAUUAUCUCGAUGCUUUAUACAUGCUUUACACGCCAGCAAAAAUUCAAGCUGUUCAAGCCUUAUAAAAAUUUGAACCAAUAUUGUUAUAAUUUGAAACGAUUUUCUGCACAGGAAAGUCAAAGAUACGAAAAAAAAACAUAUUUUCAAAUCAUUUUCCCUGCUGAGUGUCACACUCAAUGUGGUAAAAGAGCAUUUCGGUAAGUCUCGCGCAAUACUAGAAUCAUUAGCCUGUACCUAAAAGAUUAUCUUUGUACUACUACGCCAAGGUAGCCGUCCCAUUUUUCUUUUCACGAAGAGAAUAUUGUUCAUUUGAUAGGAAAAAAGUUCUAAUAAUUUAGUCUCACGCUAAUUAUUUUGAGUUUUUUCCCGCGAAACAGUUCUGCAGAACGCUAUUCACCCGAUGAUGGAUUAACAUUAGGAAACUAGUUUACAUAAUCUAUAGAUCGACAACAGUGAAUGGAUUAAUUCGACAGCUAGUGUGUAGGUGUUUUAGUUCUCAAUUUGCUGAACCACCGUUUUCGACAAAAGCGAUUUGAUUCUAUUUUGAGCGAAUGAGCAAAUAAAAUUUACAAUCGUGACUAGUCGAACCUCUUCUUUCAUCAGAACGGUGAUGCUGUAUACUAGCAGCUACAUUAGAAAACAAAAACAAAGCCCAGCCAAGUUUGCGUAUAGAAAUUAAUUUGCCUUUCUGAUUUACAGGCGUUUAUUAAAAAUAAGUGGCUGAUUGAUUGAAUGAACAAUAUGGAGGUUUUAGCAGAAAAAACAACUGUGCAUCAUGUAAUCGUUUAGAGAGAGUGCAAAUACUUUUAGUUUUAGUUUUUAUGUCGACCGAAUCAUUCAAUUGCAAAAGUAAAGCUGAUGCAGCCUUUUCUUUUUAUACCGGUUUAUAAGUUCCGCAACAAAAGCCUCUACAACAAGCCUUCUGUACGACAACAUAAAUAUUAAUAUCUACUAAACGAGAAAGUCGUAAGCUUUUAGCGAAACACGAAAUGGUCGGACAGAAAUAUCUGAAACGUCUCUGAAAAACAACUACACGCGUGAUUUACAUAUGAAACAAUACAAACUUAACAUUUUCUUCAAACAAAAUCUAUUUGACAUCGGCGUACUUCUCUUUGUACAUACUAUUGAAAAUGGUAAUAACAUAUAUUU